UGAUGUCUUUGACGUGGCCGGUGACAGAAUAACAGAGGGAGGGGGACGGGAAGUGGUUGCUGCUAGCGUCGCAUAGUGAGAGCAGCUCGGGGACAGACUUCGCCGUCAGUCAGUGGAAGUACAAGACCGUAUACUUGCUGUGACACCAUUGCGCCCAAAGGAAAACCCUGGAGCACUGCAACAAGACCAAAGAGCCUGAAGUAAAACAUGGAGGAGAUGUGGAGCUAUGCAUACUUUCUAAUGAUCAUCCUGUCUCUGGCUGAGAGUACAAAAGGACAGAACAAUACUACACACAUUACAUCCACAGGAUCACCGCAGACUCCUACCUCAAUUGUCACUGGUCGUAUCAAGCCCUUCUGGAAUAACAUUGAAAUGAUGCAGAGAGCUUUCUAUGUACUCAUUGGCAUCAGCUUGUUGGCUGUACUCUACUUUGUUAUCCGGACUUGCACUUUAAAAAAGAAGCCACAGAGGAAGAAAUAUGGGCUUCUCUCAGACUACGAUGAAAACAUGGAAAUGGCGUCUCUAGACAGCGAUGAAGAGAAAAUUUUUGAAUCCAGACGUAUAAGAAGGUGAUUGGCAAAUAGGUAAUUCUUGGUUGGCUAACUGCAAUGAAGACCAACUUUCUGUCCUUGUGAUGGCAGACCUGCUUCCUACAGGCCCUGUGUUUUGAGGGGAUACGAGUGUUGGCACCCAUUAUUUAUACUUUUCAGAACCAUUGCUACUGCAGAAGACUAACCUGCUAUGAUUUGGGGCAUAGCAUGUAUAUACUACUGAGAGGAAUUUUACACACAAGGCUUUAGAAAAAAAAAAUUACUGUUUAUUCUAUGCCAUUUGCACAAAAUGUACAUUCCAUUUUCACAUUGAGGACUACAGUAUGUGUAACUUUUCCCAACUUGACCUUACAGCUAUUAAUGGUUUAUUAACUGCAUUGAUUUUUCCAUGACCAACUAAGUAUGUUCUAGAUUUUGUUGGUGGAACCAGGUAAUGACAUAAUUUUGCUGCCAAUGAGUUCUGCAAAGAAGCAGUCUCUUCCUCACAAUGUGCUAAUACUUUUAUAGCUGGUGCAGUAUGUUUUGUAACAAAUGUUUAUUUUUCCACUGUGCCUUUUUAUACAUGAAUAAAACAUUCCCUCUAAUUUGAA